AUGAGCACCCUCGAAAAUGCCCUACCAGAAGGGCUCGUCCAAGCCGUCGUCCAAUCCUUCGCCAUGAUCCUCGUCUCCGAAAUCGGUGACAAAACCUUCCUCAUCGCCGCCAUCCUCGCCAUGCGCCAUCCGCGAAUGCUGGUCUUCGCAGGCGCAUUCGGGUCCCUCGUCGUCAUGUCCAUCCUAUCCGCAGCAAUGGGCCACCUGCUCCCCACGCUCAUACCACGAAAAUGGACACAAAUUGCAGCGUCUGUCCUCUUCCUCGUGUUCGGCGCGAAGAUGUUUAUGGAAGCGAGGGGUAUGAAGGCGGGGAAUGAGAAGAUACAGGAGGAGAUGAGGGAGGCGGAGGAGGAGAUUGAGGAUGAUGAUGCGGGGCAUGAUGGGACGGGGGGGCGGCCGAGUGCUGCAAACGGACUUGAGGGCGGGAGGCCGGUGCAUUCGCCAAAGCCGAAGCGUUUGUCGGCUGUGGAAGGCGCGAGGAAUUUUUGUAGCUUCUUUUUGGGCCCAGUGUUUGUGCAGGCGUUUGUCCUCACCUUUUUGGGUGAAUGGGGCGAUAGAAGUCAGAUUGCGACGAUUGCGCUUGGGGCUGCUCAUAAUGUGUAUCUCGUUACGCUUGGAACGGUGGUGGGCCACUCGUGCUGCACCGCGCUGGCAGUCAUAGGCGGGAGAUACGUGUCCACGAAGAUAUCCGUCAAACAAGUAACAUUUGGCGGGUCCAUUCUGUUCCUCAUCUUCGGCGUCAUAUAUCUCUAUGAAGCCUUCGCCAUGACUAACGACAUGGACCUCAAUAUUCCGAUUUCUCCUUCGUCGGGGAUCCACACCUAA